AUGCUAUCUUUUGCGCACAGCCCAACCCCCACAGCCGAGAGAAGCCCUCAGGCCGACGCCAGAAGCAGCAGCAGCAGCAGCAAGAACAACAACAAUAACAGCAAAAGCAGCAGCAGCAGCGGGGGGGGCAAAAACCCUUUAUCUGGGCUGCCUGUGCACGGUUCAGUUCAGCGCUCCUACGCGGCAUUGGGAGGUGACUCUGGAAUGAGUGGCACAGGCAAGCGAGGGCCCGAAGCUGCUCUUGAGCUGCACACAACAGAGGCAACUUCAGGGGCUCCCUGGGACAUGGACAGUCUAUUAGGUUUGAAGCGGGCACCACCCCCUGGGGCUCCAUCUGGCAGCAGCAGCGCGCCUCAGCCUGCUGCUUCUGCGGCAGCUCCCACUCCUGAAGUCGCUCCAACCUCCUUACCCAUGGAGGCACCUGAGAAGCCCGCUGAGGCUUCACAAGUGCCCCGUUUUUCUGCGAAUGCAGCAAGUCUGGCGGAGGCAAAUCUGCGGAAUGCCCAGCUUGAGGCAGAAGCGCAGCAGCUGCGUCACGAGUUGCUGCUGCUGAAGCGACGCAUGCAAUGUGAAUCAGCAGCACAACAAGCACAGCACGAGGCGGAUAUAGCAGCAGCUCGAGCGGACUGGGAGACGCUAGCGCGGUACGAAGAAGACGUGCGUCUCUUGGGUCAGGCACGUGGUUGUGUGCUGCAGCAACAGCGGGUAGAGCAGCAACAGCAGCAGGAGCAACAGCAGCUGCAGAUGCAGCAAGCCCUGCAAGCGGAAAGAGACCAUUGGUCCGCUCGCCUGCAAGCAGUAAAUGACGAAUGGCGCAGAAAGCUGCAAGACGAGCAGAGACAGGCAGAGGCCAAACUGCAGCAGCAGCAACGGGAAACCCCCGUAUGGCACGAACUGCACGCCCUUGCCCUGGAGUCACAGAGGCGCUCCGAAGAGUUCAAGCGCCUGCUGCAGUCGCUGCAGCAACAACAGCAGCAGCAACUUAAGCAGCAGCAGCUGCAGCUCCAGCAGCUGCGGCAACAGCUGCUGUUGCAGCAGCAACGGGCAGAGGGGGCUGACCCGGAGAGACAGUGCGAAGCCUGUGGGCGGCAUGCAGAAAUGGAAAGUGCUGUGACAGCGUUGCAGCAGCAGCAGCAGGCGCUGCAGCAGCAGCAGCAGGCGUUGGUGCUGCUUGCCCAGGAGACAGCCAAGCUGAGGGACGAGACGGAGCAGCGCACAAAGGCUGCCUCUGCUAAGCUUGCAGCAGAAUCGUUUCAGCUACAGAACCUGCACCGCUCGCUGUUAGAGAGCCGGCAGCAGCAGCAGCUGCUGCAGCAGCAACAGCAGCAGCAGCUCCAGCAGCAGCAGCAAUUCAUUGAGCAACAGCAGCACGCCUUCGCCCAAAGGCAGCUGCAGGCUGAAAGUGAAGUGGCCACAAAACAACUGGAACUUGAACAGGCAUAG